AUGGGGCGCAAAAAGUUUCGGGGUGGUCGCAAAGGCGGUUCCAAUCGCGCUCCUCGCGGCGACGGUCCUGCACCGUAUCGAUCAUAUAGCGAGAUUGUGAAGGAGAACACAAAUCUGGAAAAGUACUACAACAGCGCGCUCCCCCUCGAAGAUGAAGAAAGACCCGAAUUUUGGGAAGCAUUGAAGAGGGAGCUGCCUAAUUCAUUCCGUUUCUGCGGAUCUAAAGGCCACGCGCUUGCGGUUAAGAGACUUUUAGAAACAAGAUAUGUGCCUGAUAUUGUUAAGAUCGAGCGCUAUGAUGGCGAGCCCGUACAGGCCCCUCAACCAGUCCCCUGGUACCCCGACCAGCUUGCCUACUCUAUGAACACCCCCAAGCAUGUCAUUCGCAAGUUUCCCCCCUUCGCCGCCUUCCAGAAAUUCCUAGUUUCCGAGACCACCAUUGGCAACAUUAGCCGACAGGAGGUUGUCAGUAUGAUACCACCUCUACUGAUGGACCUUAAGCCUGGGAUGACUGUUCUAGAUCUCUGCGCAGCGCCUGGAAGCAAGGCUGCUCAGCUACUCGAGAUGGUCCACGCUGGAGAGGAGGCAAGAAUUCAGGAGUACAUGCAGAGAUUCGGUAUGAAUGCUGAACUUCCAGUGAAUUCUUAUGACGAUGGUCGCGCAACUGGACUUCUCAUCGCCAAUGAUGCGGAUUACAAGAGGAGUCACAUGCUUGUCCACCAACUCAAGCGACUUUCUUCGCCGAAUCUUCUCGUUACUAACCACGACGCAACUCUUUACCCAGCUAUCAAGCUACCGCCAGACCCAAAACACCCGGACAAGGGACAGUACCUAAGAUUUGACAGGAUACUUGCGGAUGUGCCCUGUUCAGGUGACGGAACUCUGAGGAAGAACAUCAACUUGUGGAAGGAUUGGCAACCUGGAAACGCGUUGGGACUUCAUCUUACUCAAGUUCGGAUUUUGGUUCGUGCUCUCCAGAUGCUGAAAGUUGGUGGUAGGGUUGUAUAUUCAACGUGCAGCAUGAACCCCGUUGAGAAUGAAGCGGUUAUCGUUUCCGCGAUUGAGCGCUGCGGCGGUCCCUAUACAAUUAACAUUGUCGACUGUGAAGAUAGACUUCCUCUGCUGAAGCGAAGCCCGGGAAUGCAUCAAUGGCAAAUUAUGGACAAGUCUGGUCGCGUUUGGAGCAGUUGGGAAGAAGUCCAGCAGCACGUCCUGACAACGGAGGGACAAAUACCGGGCAAGCUUUCAGAAACCAUGUUCCCCAGGCCAGAUACUAGCGACUGUUCUGCCCUAGCACUGGACCGUUGCAUGCGAGUGUACGCUCAUCAACAGGAUACCGGUGGUUUUUUCAUCACAGUACUAGAAAAGUUGGGAGAUUUUAAAGCUAAGCCAGAGGCUCGAAAUCGGGCCCCCGCCAAUACCACCAGCUCUGAUGGCGUUGAUAAAGCAGAAACAGAGACUAAGAUAGAGAUAGAAGAAGAGAAGGCCGCUUUAGGUGAGCCGACUGAUGUACUACCGACUAUUGGAGCCAAGAGGAUUUUAGAUGAUGAGGAUGCGGAGAUAAAACCAGACGCCAAGAAGCAAAAGACUGCCUCGCCUCCUAGCGAGAAGCUUGAAGUCCAACCUGAAGUGGUUACCGAAACAGAGCAAGCACCUUCGGAAUCUAAGACAGAAGAAGUCAAACCGGAGCCUAAAACUACUUCUCAAAACAAUACCCAAGCCGACCGAAAAGUCAAGCCAUCAGAUGGCAAUUACGAAGAGCCAUUCAAGUACUUGCCACCGGAUCACCACGUUAUCCAGGACAUUCAAAGAUUCUACAAAGUAUCGUCACGUUUCCCUUCAGAUCGAUUUAUGGUACGAAAUGCCACAGGCGAACCGGCAAAGGCCAUCUACUACACAAGUGCGCUCCUUAGGGACAUCCUAUCUGAAAACGAAGGUCGUGGGGUUAAGUUUGUGCAUGGAGGUGUUAAGAUGUUCAUGAAGCAGGAUGCGCCGUCUGCCGAGGUUUGCAGAUGGCGAAUACAAUCAGAGGGCAUGCCUAUCAUCGAAGGCUACGUCGGCCCGGAGCGCGUCAUCCGCCUGACGAACAAGGAGACUUUCCGUAGACUCCUAAAGGAGAUGUUCCCCAAGUUUAUCGAUGACGACUGGAAGAAACUCAACGAGAUUGGCGAGAGGGCUAAAGAGAUUGGUAUGGGCUGUUGUAUCCUUAUCGUCGAGCCGGAUGGAAGCGAUCCAGAUUUCUCGGAGCGCAUGGUGCUUCCAUUAUGGAAGAGCUUCCACUCGUUGAACCUAAUGCUGCCGAAGGAGGAUCGGUCUGCAAUGCUUCUCCGCGUCUUCAAUGAUAAUUCGCCGGUUAUCAACCGAACGUUGAAGGAGUCGGCGAAGAAGGAGGAUGCUACUGAGGCGGAUGAAGAGGUUAAGGGUGAUCAGACUAUGGAAGAUGCCCCCGCAGUCGAGGAAACUAAUGGAGAAAACGAGAUAGUCGAGCAGCCUGAUGAAAAGAACGGUGACGAGGUAACGGGGGAUGUUAAAGUUGAGGCUAAUUAA